CUAAAACCAACGAGAAUAAUAUUGUCAUUUUUUAUAAAAAUGAUUUUCUAAUAAGCAUAGAAAAAUGAAUACUGCAGAAGUUUCAGAUAUUUUAAGAGGUUCCCAACGAGACGAGUUAUUCGUAAAUAACAUACAAGAUGAUUUGCAGCUGUUCUACAAAGUACUCAGCCCCAGGAACUAUCCGCUCAGACAAACAGCCCCAACUGUUGCAAAUGCCUGGUAUUACUUAAUUACUUCAUUGGGAAAUGUACAAACUCUGGGGGAAGAAUAUACUGGUACUAUAAGAAUCGAUAAAGAAAAUAGAAUACCAGGAAAGUUUUUGCAUUCCAUUUGGUUGGUUUUAUAUUUAGGAGGAGAGCCAAUGUUAGAUAGACUAAUAAAGAAAUUGAAAAAUCAAAUAAAUAAUUCACAGAAAAUUACAGAAAAUUCAAAAUCAUUUUUUGUGAACAUUUUAAACUUUGUAUCCAAUAAUAAAUUGAAAUUUAACAGAAUUCAUAAGGCAUUGUUUUAUAUAAAUGGAAAGUAUUACAAUGUAUCAAAUAGAAUAACAGGAAUCAGAUAUGUUUUAGUUAGAGAAUGGUUGAAAGAUGACACCUUUACAGGCAGCUUUAGAAGUUUGGGCUAUUUAUCUUUGUUUUACACGCUGUUUUCAAUGGUGCACAGUUUAAUGACUUCUCAUUCGGGAAAUUCUGAAAUGCAAACCUCCACAUCACUUGUAUCCACCAAAUAUUGUCCGCUGUGUACAGAAAAUCUUAAAUCUGCCUCUGCCACACCCUGUGGUCAUAUAUUUUGUUGGAACUGUAUAUAUGAUUGUUUAUCCUAUCAAAAGAAUUGUCCGAUUUGUAGGGAGGAAAUUGGCCAUAGUAGGAUAUAUUUUUUACAAAAUUAUGUAAUCAUAACCGCCAAACAAAGUAACCUAUCAGAACUCAACAUAAAAAAAUUGGAGGAAGAUUCAUUGACUCCUGAUGUCUUUGAUGAAGAGGCUGCACUGAGAGAAGAAGAAAUUCAAAGGAAAAGAAACAAAUCCCGGCUGAAGACAGCUGACUUUAAUAUGUUACACGAACAAAAUCCUUACAGUGAACCGACAAAUUGGCACCAUGGAACAUUGAAAUACCUUAGACGAACGUACGGUAGGUACGGCAGCGAGUCAGGCAUAGACCCUGCUAUAUGCUGGCCCACAGAAAAAGAGCUUUCAGAAACGAUGGAGUAUGAAAAAGUUAAGUAUCCCUACAAAAUUUUGGAAGUUGCUGCAGCUGCAAGGGAGAAGAGGAAACAGGAAAAUGAAGCUGUUUUGGCAAGGCAGGAAUCAAUUGUUCAGAAAAUUGCUAAAUUAGAUGAUUUGAAGAAGGAUUUGGCCAAUAGGAUAGCAAAGAAGGAAGCAGAAGCCAAUGCCGCAAAGGAUCGCAAAGAACGGUUAGUGGAGGAAGUCAGAAGGCACUUUGGUUACACAGUAGACCCAAGAGAUGAAAAAUUCAAAGAAAUGUUGGAAAAGAAGGAGAAAGAGCAGAAGAAACAGAUGAAAGAAGCCAGAAAAAAAGAGAAGCAAGAACAAAUGCUUGGUAAACUGUUAAAAAAGAAAGAUGAACCCAAAACAAAAGUAGAGCAACCAAAUGAAUAGAUUUAGGUG